AUGGGGCGGGGUGGGGCAGGGCUGCGGCCAUUGCGGCCCGGCCGGCUGAGGGGACGCGUCGCUGCCGUCGCGAUGGUGUCCUGGAUGAUCUCCCGAGCGGUCGUGUUGGUGUUUGGGAUGCUGUAUCCUGCAUAUUACUCGUACAAAGCUGUGAAGACAAAAAAUGUGAAGGAAUAUGUUCGCUGGAUGAUGUACUGGAUUGUGUUUGCUCUUUACACAGUUACUGAAACAAUAACUGAUCUAACAAUCUCCUGGUUUCCACUGUACUAUGAACUGAAGAUAGCUUUUGUUAUCUGGCUCCUUUCCCCAUAUACUAGAGGGGCAAGUUUAAUCUACAGAAAAUUCCUCCACCCACUGCUUUCUUCUAAAGAAAGGGAGAUUGAUGAGUACAUCGUCCAAGCCAAAGAAAGAGGCUAUGAGACCAUGGUGAAUUUUGGAAGGCAAGGGUUGAAUUUGGCAGCAACUGCUGCAGUGACAGCAGCUGUAAAGAGCCAAGGUGCAAUAACUGAGAAACUGAGAAGUUUCAGUAUGCAUGAUUUGACUACUAUACAAGGAGAUGAGCCUGUUGGACAGAGACCUUAUCAGACAUUGCCAGAAGCUAAAAAGAAAACCAGAGCCUCUGCAAGUGAAUCCUCAGGUUACAAAACUCCCCUGGAAAAAAAUCCUGGGGAUGACAAAACAGAUGAAGAGAUGGAGGGGACACAUUCAGAGGAUGAAAUGUUUGCUCAGAGAGGCCUUCGAAGAACUCAGAGUAUGAAAUCUGUGAAAACUAUUAAAGGCCGUAAAGAGAUACGAUAUGGAUCACUGAAAUACAGAGUAAAGAAGAGACCCGCUGUAUACUUUUAAGCGUCCUGCACAAUGCCUGCAAGAGAAACUGCUGUACUAUAAUGACUUGAAUUCAAGUGUUAAAGAUCUGUGUACAAUUCCUAGAAUGAGUCUGUAUGAACAGAUAUGGUAGGACUUGGUUUUGUGAGCCCAAGUGAUCUUACUCUAUUUUUCUAUAAUUACUUAUUGUUUAGAUUUAAAUCUGGAUGAGUUACAGCAUGAAUUUCAGCAUUCCUUAAACAGGAGUUAAAUGAGUAAUAGGAAAUACUCUUUUGCCAGAGGUAUUGGACAGAUUGAAAUAAUUGCAACUCCAGUUGAAUUAGCAGAAGCGGUAAGUAUCUAGAGCUUGUGAAAAUUGAACCAUAAUGUCCCCAAGUUUACACUGAAAGAGAAAUAUACUUGAAAUAUUCUUCUGAACUACAGUUCCUGAAAAGGCCUUUGUGUAACUUUUAAAUGUACAGUUUAAAGGACAAUGGAUGAUGGUGGGAAAGAAAAAGGAAAGAUGAGUUAGGUAGGAUGCAUCCUUAACAUAAUCAUCUUGCAUCAUAUUGCCAAGCUUAGCAAACUGGGGUACAUUUAGCACUUUAUGCAAAACUGUAUGGUUUUGCACACUCUUAAUGAUUUACAACUGCACAUGUCAUUUUAGUGACUUGCUAGAUAGGUUAGAGUUACAUUUUGAAUGCCAGCAGUUCUUGUAUUUCAUGAUCUUUUAAAAAUUUAUCUCUAUUCCUUAAAUACACUUAGGAUGCUGUAGAUACUUGCUACUACCAAUAUUAUCAGGUGCCUUUUUAUGUAUUAUAGGGCUGUGUGGGUUUUGUCUGUGUGGGGUUUUUUUUUGAGUUUUGGGUUUGUUUUUUUGUUUGUUUGGUUUUUUUGUUUUGUUUUGUUUUUUUGCUUGUGGGGUUGUUUUGUUUGUGUGUUUUCCUCCAUCUAAAGAGAUGUAACAUGAUUUCAGUCAGUUUUUGGUUAAAAUGGUGGUAAGUAAAACUUGUAGCAAUUCCAGUGAUACGCCUCAGGGAUCUGAUCAGCCCACGAGCUGAGUGUUAAAGUCAUGCUGCCAUAAAGGCAUGUAUGAUAGGUUAGUCAGGUCCUGGUUUAGUUUUGCCCUACGUUGCUUUAAGAACCAAUAUAUUUAUAUUUAUAUAUGUGCUUUAGAACAUGUAUGAGUGUAUAUUUCAUACCGUAUGUGGAUUCUACAAUGGUCUGUGUAGUACUUUUUUUAUUGCUAAAGUUAUUACUAAAAUAUUUGCAUAUAAAUAGCUUCUUCUAAGAAUCUAGUUGAUUUAGUCAGUCAUUUUAUAACCUAGAGUCCCAUGGCAUAUCUGCACAGAGAUUAAUUUUGAAAUGUCUUUCAACACAGUGACUUGUCAAAAUUACUUUUUUAGGUCACCUUCGGUACUGUUUUCUGCAGUUCUGAGAAUUAGGCUGAUUUCAGUUUUCUGUGUGUCUAUAUUUCUACUGUGGAUUCAGGGCUAAACCACUCACUUUUUGCAGAUAGCAUUUUAUUAUGUACCUUUGGGACACUCUUCCCUCAAAGAGAAAAUGGCAUGGAUUCCUCUUCUCCUUGGAUCUCUGACUUCAAUCCUUAGACCUUCCCCCAGCUAUUGACAGUCAUCUGCAAAUCUACUGCAGAGAUUUAAAAUAUAUUCCUGAGUCUUGGACGUGCUGCAGCUCUUUUUUUGUUAGAGCCAUGGCAAGUCACUGCUGGUGGGCACCUGAUGGUCUGCAGCAUGCGCUGGCAUUCAGAGCAGGCUUCUGCACACUCAGGCCAGGGUUUGAAUUCUCUGGGUAUGAAUGCAGCUGGUCUGUGUUGCUGGUGGUCCUCCCUGGCUGUGCUCAAAUGCAGCAGCACUUUCAGCCUCUCUGAGGAACCUCAGUGCUUUAGUGAUAAGUCCCAGCAGGCCAUGUGUGAUUAAAAGGCUGAAGUUGUAACACUGAACUCAGAAACACAGUUUGAUACCAGCAGAGAGGAAGGCUGCUCUCUCCCAAAUGAGUACAGUGCAAAAAUCCCAUCCCCUGACCAAAACUGUACCUUGUUAUCCAGCUUUUCUAAGGGAUGGUCACCAAAGCAACCUCCCUGGGAGCCAGGGGCUUCUGCCCCAGGGAUGUUUGUGCUUCUCAUGUUUCCCUGAGGCUUGUCUCUGUGUUAAGACAUUAAGGAACUCAAAGCUCUUGUAUUUGCAAUGCCACUCCUCUCUGAAUAGCAGACUAACCUGGCCUGGGAUGGAAUCUUUAAAUCUUACUGUACAGUUGAGCACUUGCUGACAGAUUUUGCUUAUUUUACCAGGAAGCAUGGCAAAAAAAUAUCAUCUUUCUAUAAAUCAUAAUCCUGCAUGAAGGAGUAGGGUAAGCAGUUUUUGUCAGAAUUACAGUCCCUGUUACAGGUUCAUGUAGAUCCUGUUUUGGGGGUUGUUUUUAACACAUUUCUAGGGCUAGAGAUCAUUGGAGUAUUUUAGGCUCUACCACACUCCUGUCAGGAAGUCGUUCUAUGUGUCUCUGAGUACCUGAGGCUGUAACUUCUGGCAGACUUAACUUGCUAACUCAGUAGUGAUAAAGGCUAAAUAAAUCCUCCUCUUUCUGGAACUUGCAUGGAAUUAGAAAAGCUGGCAGUGUUUUCAUAUUCAUUACUCUUUGCAUAUAAAUGUACUUCUGUUCUUUCAGAUAACUUUUACAAGAUCAAACCUUCAACGUUUUCCUAGCUGUUGUCUUCAGUCUAUUAGCCAACUAUAAAAAUAUUUUCUUGCCAGCCUGAUUUUGAUCUUUGAAUUCAUCCUCAAACUGGUUCACUGGAUUAUCUUCAUUUUUUUCUUCUUACUGUUCAUUGUUAUCUGAUUCUUAUCAGGGCACAAUGGCAUGAUUAGCUUUCAUCACAGUGAUUCAUAGUUUUCUCUCCUUGUGGAGUUUAGUUUAGUUUGGUUUUGAAACACUACAGUAUUUUAACUUUGGUUACAGGGAAUUUUCAAACUUUUCUUGCCUUAGCAACUGCAGAAGUCACCUGUCUAGCUCUUGGCAGGAAACUUCUUGAAAAAAAAAAAGUUAAAAUUUUAUGUUUAACAUACUUUUUGUAUUUGGAAUGUAAAAUGUAGUUCAUGUCAAAUUAUCUAAUCUUCUGAACAAAGUGUUUCCUGAAAAUUGACUGACUGCCACCAACAGGACUACUAACGUAGUUUAACAAAGACUUGGGGUUUAAAAGUGCAUUAGAAGAGAAUAUGUAUUUCCAUUUAAAUCAUAUCAAGGUUUCACGCCUUUCCAAAAUACAUUUGAACUGACUCAGCUCUUUUAGCAAGAGCCUACUGGACUUGUUAAAAUACUCAGUCUGAGAUGAAGAUUAAAUUGGUGGCCUCAGCUGCAAAUAAGCUUAGGCUGGACUUUGAUUACAAUGUAAUUGCCAAUAUUGCUAAUUCCUUUGGUAUGUGGAAAUAACCAAAUAAUAUCCAACAUACAUUUUGCAAGCUAUAAUGAAUUUUAAAAUAGAUGAACCUUGGUAAAAGAGAAUGGUGGAGAAAAUGCUGGACACAUUCAACGUGCUGUUCAUGACAAAAAUGUGUUUUAUUUUUGGUGUUGCUUUUAUUAAUGGGAAGUUGGUAUUUUAAAGUAUUUUUUCUACAAAACUGUGUGUGCAAGGGCAAUACUUUAACAUUUUUCAAUAACUUGUAUUUUUAAACACUACAAACCAGAGAAUAUACAUUUGGACUGAAGGUAGUAGCUUUAAAAAAUGCAAUGUAAGCUUUAAUUUUUAUAUUGUAAUAAUAACUUACUGUCAACCUGUUUACAUAUUUGUAGGAUGGAAACUUCAUUAUGCAUUGACUUAUCUUGAUGCUGUCUUUAAUAAAUGCUGCUUUGAGCAAGA